GUACUGAGCAGCCACCGAGUACUGAGCAGCCACCGACUACCGAGCAGCCGCCAUCUUAUUCCGUCAAGCGAGGAACGGAAAACACCAACGGCAUGGCGAAGCGCGCAUGCUACUUCGACGCCCAAGGCCAACAGCACUGCAGCACUACUUCCAACUGCACGACCCGGGACGACGGGUCCGUGGUCUGCGUUGGCAAGCGAGAGGCGGAAGCGGAAGUGGCUUAACGAAGAGGCAAUGCGACUUCGACGCGCAGGGCAAACAGCACUGCAAUCCCAACCCUCGGUGAGGAGAGUUGUCGGUGCUGUAUGAUUGCGCAGCGAUUUGGUGGUCGAACAGGACAAGACGAAUUUAUGACUUUAUGAAAUGUAGAUGCAGGAUGACCGGGAUCCUGUGGGAACAUAGAAUUGGCGAGAUAGUUAAUAAUGGCCUUUAUGGCAGAGUUUG